AAGAAGAAGAAGGAGCUGUGACGUCUGUCUCAAACACGGAACUAGAAGGGAACGAGAGAGUGCAGUAAGCAGAGCCAUGUGAGUCAGAUAGUAGUAACCCAGACAGAAAGGUUUUAGAGAUUGGUAGAUAAACUAAACGUGGAUAACACCAGUAGAAUGAUAAUGCUCCGUUGUUGUUUUAUGUGAGAGAGGCAGUAUCCAGGUUUUCGUUUUGACCUGAGGUAAAAUACUCACUGACGGUGUGGUGACGUCUUGUACUAUGAUGCCCGUUAUUUUCUUUCCAUAAGGAUAAACAGAAUAGUAACAAAAAAUAUUAUAAAAUGGCUUUCGCAAACCUGUUCACGAGACUGGCUGCUGUCGAAGAGGAUGUUAAGAGUCCUGUUCAACCAGGCUUUACACAUAGGAACGAGACUGGGAAUGGCAGAAAGCGCGGUGGCAGAAAAAGGAAAAACAAGGGAAAGCAGACAGGUUCUUAUGAAAAGAAGCCAUGCUACCAAACCCAGACAACCGGAACUUAUGAUGGCACAUCCUUCAAAGAUGACAAUCACAAACCCCAACACUACCAGAAUACCUACCAUGAAUAUCUGAAUGUUGGCUUCAACAACAAAAUGUUAAACAACCACAGCCAUAAGACUGGUAAUAAUAACAUGGCUCACAAAGGUCAGAAUACCAAAACCAGAAAUGAGCGUAACAUAUACCAGCAAGGACAGCAGAGAAAGACGAGAGAGCAGCAGAAAAAUGAACAUCGUCAGGAGGAUGGAAGGAGGGCUGCAUAUAGAGGUGGGAGACCUGCUUUCAGAAAAGAUGGAGAGUACAGGAAGAAUCAAAAUGAGGACUCAAAAGUGAAACGCACAAGAUUCAUGACACAGGAGUUUAAGGACCAGAACGUCAUCUCAGUGGGUGAUCGUUUUCUCUGUAAACACUUCUUGUGGGGAAAGUGCGUGAAGGGUGAUGAGUGCCAGCUGGAACACGUUCAGGGUUAUAAUGAUCUGGUGAAAGAAGUUUGCAAAUUUUACGUCCAAGGAACCUGCAUGAAAGGAGAGAGCUGCCCCUACAUGCACAAGUCCUUCCCUUGCAAGUUCUUCCACAGAAGAGGAAAGUGUUUUCAAGGUGAAAAUUGCAAGUUUUCCCAUGAGCCACUCAAUGACCUCACAAACAAUCUGCUGGAUCAGGCACUAAAGCGGGAAAAUGACCAGAUUGCACUUGCAAAGAAAGCGGAACAAGAGUCAUCAGUGCAGCCAGUGAACUUAGAGGAGUCCGAAAGCAUAGGCGCAACGAAAGCACCUGAUGUGCUCUCGCAACCAUUAAGGACUAACUUUUAUCAAAGUGCAGAGAUAAGUGCUGAAGAGAGAUCUUUGUUACCUCAAACUGAAGAACUGAGUGAAAACACAGAGGAAUCUGUAACAACACAUGCUGCCCAGCCUCACAGGGCUCUGUCAGCAAACCUUGAUCAGAAGGAGCCAGUUUGUUAUUCAGUUGAAGCAGUGCUGGGACCUCAGCUAUCAAAACCUUUCCUAAGUUUCUACUCGGCUCCAAGAAGUCAAGAACCUGUUCCCCUCCGUUCCUCUGAUCCCACUCCAGCUUCUGCCUCGAACAAGAGCCCCGCUCCUUACUCUGUGGAAGCUGUUCUCAGGUCUUUUAAAUCAACAGAAACACCUACACCUCCUACUUCACAAACUGUGACCUAUCCUCAAAAAACUGUCUGUCAGGAAAGCACUGAUCUAAGCUUGGAAGCACAACAUACAAAGGUAUUUUGUCCAGUAAAUACCGGAAAUGAAGGAAACAAAUUCCAGGAAAAAUUGUUUCAGUGUCUUCCGUCCUUCCAAACACACUCUAACCUGAUUCCAAACACGCGCUCUGAUCUUACUGUGGCCUUGGGGGAACACAAGAGACAAGUUGGGAAUAUGCAAGAAUCCCUUAAACCUGUUCAUGAAGUCAAGCUGUUGCAUACUCGGAAAUCUUUUGCAUCAAACAGCAAAGGAGAUGUCAAAGAAAGCAAGCAUCUGCAUACAGAUAUUAAAUGCUCUGUUAACUCUAAUAGUGAAAGAGGUGAUCAAUUUGGACCCAAUAAGCACAAAACUGUUUCCUCAAAUUCCCUCAGUCUGACAUCAUCCUCUUCUGAACAUCCCGCGCAGUCACAUCUCUCUGUCCUGUCAUCUUUCAAGCCCUUCAGUCCCUCUUCAGAUUCCACAAAGUUUAAAGGUAAAGUCACUGUCUCCACCUCCAUCAAGCCAAGUGAUUCUGCAGACCAUGUCGGUCCUCUCGCAACAAAACAACCCAACAAGAGUGAUCUGCACCCCAAAGGAACCACAGCUGACUGCAGCAGUAAAAUGGCAGAUGGUCAGGUGGCAGGUGGAUUUAAAAAGACCCUGAAAGCACCAUUUCAUAGCCUCUUUGCAAAACCAAUAACUGACUCUAUUCAGCUUAAAGAAGAGUCUUCAACAGCUACCUCUUGUCCUCGAGGCUUAAUUCAGUCUUUAUGUCCUGCUCCAAAGUCAGCAGGAUUAAAAAACAAUUAUCUUAAAACUGACAAAGCCCCCGUCAGGUCCUUCGCCAGCCUUUUUGCUGCUCCUCUUAGUGCUGCUCUUCCCUCCAUUUCACAAAAAUCAGCCCAGAAAGUUGAAGUAGUUCCUCAUUCUUCAGACUCCAAACAAGGGGCUGCCAGUUUACAGACUCAAAGACAUGACAAGGUGAAUGUACAGACCUCUCUCAGAACUGGAGUCCAAGAAAUCUGUCAAGUGCCAAGAUCUUCUAAUUUCUCUCGUGAUCCUAAAAAAGGAAAUAAAGGCUGUUCAACUGAGUGUGAAUAUCAGCAAAAAGAUCAAGCCUGUAGUCCUGUUUCUGGUUCUCCCAGUGAGCAGUCAACUGAUCAUCCUAUGCCUGAAAUCUCAUCUUGUAAAGAAAUUGCUGCAAAAUCAAUUCUGGGGACACUGUUUCAGCGCUUGAGCCCCUACCAGCAAGAUGGAGAUCAGCAGGAUUCAGAUCAGAUCAGUGUCUCUGCAGUCCAAAGUCAGCAUGGGGGAGUGUUUGAGAAGCAACAGCAGAAGAGGAAAACAGAAAGGUGGAAGAAAAAGGAAACUGAAGACACUGGAGACCUCUGAGGAAACAGAACAGCAGCCCUCUGUUCAUGCUCCUCACAUCUGCUCAGAGGCAGCCGGUGUGUCACCCCUCUGCAGUUAAGGCUUCGGGUGAAAAAGUCUGGUGAGCACCACUUGCCAUUGACUAGGCUGAUGCAGCAUCACAUUGAGCAAAGACUGAGACCCACAUCAAAGGGAGAACAGUGUAUCCAUGGGAUGCAUGGCCGCCACACAACUGAAGGACAUUUUAAAGACUUUAAUCACCACCGUUUUCCACUCUGGACAAACUUUGGAGAGCUUCGGUGUAAAAUCAAAUGUUUUCUUCACGAUCAGUUACAGUAACUCACUAAUAUAAGACGUAUCUCUUUUUCUUAAUCUACAGGCUUCAUGCAUCACAGUUUGGCUGCGCUUAGGAUUUCAUCAUGGGAAUUAGUAAAUUCUUGUGUUGAUAACUAUUGAACCUGAAAUUUUUUAGAUUUCUUUUUUUUUUUUUUCUGCUAUCAGAGAUAAAAAAAACAAUGCCACAUGUUGGAUUAGAGUGUAUCAUUAAAAAUGAUUAAAUAAAACCUACAGUCUAAAUUU